AUGUCAAUUUAUGCGCUGUCCCGAGGCAUAGCAGCGAUUCUCUUUGCUCCUGCGAUAGGACACUAUAUUGACGUUGGGAACCGGUUGCAAGUCGUAAGAGUCUCGAUUGUCCUUCAGAGGAUUGUGGUCGCGAUAUCAUGUAUCGUCUUUUAUCUCUUAGCUAUUGACAUGCCGAUGCAAGGUGCCAUUGAGAAAGGUGCAUUGGCUGCUCUGGCGCUUUUAGCUUGCGUUGAGAAGUUAUGCUCGAUUAUGAACCUUGUUUCAGUCGAGAGGGACUGGGUUGUUGUGGUUGCCGGAGAUAAUCCUCGGAGCCUUGCAACCCUGAAUGCAGAAAUGAGACGGAUUGAUAUGGUUUGCAAGCUCAUCGGACCGCUCUUCAUCGCUCUGCUUGAUGGCAUAUCGACGGAGACUGCUAUACUGGUCAAUUACGGAAUGAACAUCUGCUCUUUGGUUGUCGAAUACUUUUCGAUUGCGAGGGUUUAUCGAAGAGUGCCUGAACUUCAACAACCAAAGCAGAUGUUAGACUUCAUGUCCGUACAAGAUUCUCUGUGGAAGCGCUGCGGCGACCUGUUUAAGAAGAGCGUUCUUGAUUUUAAGUCUUAUUUCCAUCAUCGUGCCUUUCUCCCGUCCUUCGCCUGUGCUCUGCUUUAUCUGACCGUACUGUCAUUUUCGGGUCAAAUGGUGACCUGGCUCUUAUCAACGGGCUAUGACUCAAUGCGUAUUGGUCUUGCACGGACUAUAUCUGUUGUCUUUGAGGUUCUGUCUACUUGGACUGCACCCUGGCUCGUUGAACAGAUCGGCCCAGUGCGAGCCGGCCUUUGGCUAGCCAGCUGGCAGAUCAUUUCGCUUGUGGCUGGGAUGACUACCUAUUGGGCCUUCCAAAGCCGACCUACAAUCUCUGCGUCUGGUCUGGUUGGAGGUACAAUUGUCAGUCGACUAGGACUAAGAGGAUUUGAUCUGUGUGCUCAGAUCAUUAUUCAAGAAACCGUCGAGCCUGAAUUCCGAGGCUCAUUCUCAUCGGUUGAAGCCGCAUGGCAGAACGCCUUUGAGAUUUGCUCAUAUAUGUCUACGAUUGUUUUCUUCCGACCGGAGCAGUUCAAAUGGCCUGCUCUUAUUAGCGUUGUUGCUGUCGGCCUCGCGGGUUUGCUUUAUGCUGUUUUUGUUCGUGUCCGAAGGGGCAUCUAG